CCCCCACGCAUUUGCUUUAUCCGGUCUCAGCCUUCACAUCCAUCCACUGGUCGUCGUCCCGGAGCAGCUUUCUCCAUGGCAGAGUCAAUUCUCGAGCAGCUAAGGAAUGGAACUGCUCGGUUCGAGCUCGCCGCCUCCCCCGUCCUUUCAAUUUCAACUUCCAAUUCUCCGGUGAACCCAACGGCGUCGUUCGGGGACCACAGCCACCGGUUCUUCGCUAGAAUUGGACCGCCACUAGGCAGAGGAUCGUCGGCGAUGAAGAAAGUUGAACGUUUUUCGGUUCAGAAGGUUACCGGCGACGGACGCUGUUUAUUUCGUGCUCUGGUGAAAGGAAUGGCUUUGAACAAGGGGGUUCCUCUUAGCCCAAGGCAAGAGAAAGAUGAUGCAGAUGAACUACGGAUGGCUGUGAAAGAGGUUAUAUGCGAAGAUGAGGAAGAGCGUGUUAAGUAUGAACCUGCUCUGGUUGCAAUCACCGUCGAUGAGUCCUUAAAGCGUUACUGCCAGCGCAUCAAUAGACCAGAUUUCUGGGGAGGAGAGUCCGAGCUGCUGGUUCUGUCAAAGUUAUGUGGGCAGCCAAUCACUGUUUACAUACCGGAGCAUGAGCAUACAAGUGGUGGACGGGGUUCUGGUUUCAUCCCGAUUGCAGAAUAUGGAAGCGAGUUUACUAAAGGUUCUAGAAACAAAAAGCCCAGAAAGGUUGUGAGACUCCUAUACAGUGGCAGGAACCAUUAUGAUCUGCUUGUAUGAGAGAGAGAGAGAGAGAGAGAGAGAGAGAGAGAGAGAUGCAUUUUGUUGUUGUAUAACUAUCAAGAAAGAUUUAGAAUUGAAUACAAGGUGUAUUUUUGUUUUAAUUUAAUAGCAAUGUGUCUUCUUUUGUUUGCC